GUCCCGUUAGCGCCUCGUGUCAGGUUAGUGCUUACGGUUAUUAAUUGCACCCACGCAAAUUAAUCAUCGGCUUAGAAAUGCGGACUUGUGCUCCGCUCUCCGCUCUACCCAACCAGAUCUCUCUCAAUCGCAUCAUCCUCUCAUCUUCCUUUCAUACCAACCGGUCUGGACACACUUGUAUACUGUCACUACCACGAAAAUGCCUCGUCGAUUUCUCACUCCCGGACGAUCUUGUUUUGAAUGUAGCCGACGAAAAAUCAAAUGUGAUAGGUCGCUGCCAUGUGGUUAUUGCGUCAAGGUGCAGAUGACAUGUGUCUAUCCACCGGGGAAGCGAAAACGGUCUAGGAGCCCGGAUGCAAGAAGUCCGGAUGCAAGAAGCCCCGAUGUUAUCGGUCGGAUUGAGAGAAUUGAGGAGACGCUACAGGUUUUGGGGGAGGGGAUGGCCCAGAUUAGGGACUUGUUGCAGGGUGGUGGGCCUUUGCUUGCACGCAGGCAGAUUCCUACUCCGCGACAGAGCUCUACUCCAGUACAAGUAAUAUCUACUGGAGGACAAGAGAUACCUACUCCAAGACAAGAUCAAAACCUCGAUGAAGAGUUCCCCGGGUAUGAUCGUCCCAGUCCAGACUAUGGAUUGCCAGCAAGUGCACCUGGCGUAUGCACUGCUUCGUGCGGUGGUCCCGAGCCCCUCGAAGCACUUCGUCCAUCACCCAUCACCAUAUCAUUUCUCUGGCAAUGGUACCUAGACAGCGUCGAUCCGGUGUUGAAGAUCUUCCACACUCCAUCUGUACAGAAAGACGUGAUGCAGAUGAUUCGACCCGGGACGACCUCCGACCUAGCAACAGAAUGUCUACUCUUCGUCAUUUACUACGCCGCCGUGAUCAGCAUGUCAUCCAGUACCUGCCAGGAGGAGCUGGAUGAAGACAAGCCCGUCUUGCUGAAACGGUACUACCCCACCUCAACCCUAAUCCCCAAUCCCCAACUCCUCUAACACCUCACUAACAAACACCCAAGAUACCGCACCGGAAUCGAACACACCCUCGCCCAACUCAACAUCCUAACCACAACCAACCUGACCGUCCUCCAAGCCGCCACCAUCUACCUCGUACACCCCCAUCCCUCCCACUACCCCCUCCCAAACC